GACGGCAGGAGGCUUUUGUAUGUUUUCCCCGGAGGAGGGAAGUAUAACGGUAUCCAAACGGAAAUAGAAUAGAAGCAAAGCAAGAAUAAUGCUCCAAGCCAGAAAAGGAUCAAGUCGAAUCAGAUCCCGUUCAGUUUAGCUUCCCCCAGGGACUCGAUCUAGACGGUAAACUCACUCACUAAGCCAGCCAUGACGGAGAAAGCAGAUCGAUCAUCUUGCAGGACUGACUAGUCGGUGGGCUCUGCUGCCUUCCAUUUUUCCCCCCAUUGCCAGCCUGCGGCGGCCUGCUACAUACUAUGCUACAUGCUAGUUACAUGCUACGAAGCAUCGUCGAUCCAAAAGAAGUCCGCGACACAGACGUCAUGGGGACACCCAGGCAAAAGGGAAAUCGAAUGUCUGGAAUCCUCGUCGAAGCCUCGAACUCGCCCGGGGGUGGUAUCCACCGCCCCUGCCAGGGGCGAAAUUCAAGGACGAAAAGACGAGGCAGCAAACCAGGUGAUUCGUCAUUCUAGUGACACUCUCACGAUGGGGGGGGAUGAGUAAGUGUUUCAAUUGGGUUUGGGGGAUGAUUCUGAUAGGAGAGUUAUGCUGAUAGCCUGAGCCUGAGCCCUGGAGCCUGAAGGAGAAUGUGAGAGAGACAGAAAGAGCCUGGGAGCAACAGGCAGGCAGGCUCCCUCGGCACCGCCCGUCAAGUCAUCAGGCAAUGCUCAGGAGACUGUGGCUGGAGACUUGGACAGACAGGCAGAAUCCUCGCUCCUUUCUCGUCUUGCCUCCCCUUCGGAUUGCCUGGGUGAUGUGGCGGUACGUGGCUGAGGCGGUCAUUCCACCAACUGGCCUUGCCUUUGGGUAACUACUAUACCUUAGUAGCAACUAACUGACUAGUCUAGUUUGUUGUCGACAACUCAACUUUUGCCAGUUGCUGAUGCUGUCCAAAGGUGGAAUCAGUUGCUGGUAAGGCCCAAUACCUUACCGACACGCCUUGAGUCACGGGAAGGCAGCUCCCCCUGGGAAUGUUACCCCCUAAAACCAGGGAUGCGUCCGAUGACUGGCCCAGAGCUGUCACCAUGCUGGUUAUUUACAGCCUUAUACCACCCCCACAGAUCACCUGACAGCCGGCCCAACUAUUAAUAACGAGC